GGCACCACGUGACCCGGGUCUUGUGACUGGCGGGGGGAGGCCGGGAGGGGAAGCCCGCCCGCCGCCCGCGACAGGGGCCAUCCCCGCCGCCGCCCGCUCGGAGCGGGACCGCCGCCGCGCCGUCCGGGAGUCCCCGCCAGUCCGAGGCGGAGCGGGAGUCGGAGAGGGAGCAGGGCCGGGCGCGGUGGGCGCCGCCCGCCAUGGACCACAAACCCCUGCUGCAGGAGCGGCCUCCCGCCUACAACCUGGAGGCCGGCCAGGGCGACUUCGCGUGCGGCCCGCACGGCUACGGCGCCAUCCCCACCGCGCCCCCGCCGCCGCCCUACCCCUACCUCGUCACAGGGAUACCCACCCACCACCCCAGGGUCUACAACAUCCACAGUCGGAAUGUUACCCGGUACCCCGCCAAUUCCAUCGUUGUCGUCGGCGGCUGCCCAGUCUGCAGAGUUGGGGUUCUGGAGGACUCCUUCACCUUCCUGGGCAUCUUCCUGGCCAUCGUCCUGUUCCCCUUCGGGUUCAUCUGCUGUUUCGCCUUGAGGAAGCGAAGGUGUCCCAACUGCGGAGCAAACUUCACCUAAAGGGAACGGCAGGCCCGGCUGCCCUGCCCCCGGCCGUCUUUUUCUAAUGUAAAUGUCGUGUACAGUAGCUUGUUUGAUUACGCUGCAGGACUGUUUUGUAAAGGGAGGUGGCACAGGUUCGGCGCGUGCCAGCGGGUUCACGGCCGCGGAGUGUGGACACACUGCUUCCGAGGCUCACGACAACUCAGUAAAGCACUGCUUUUAUUUUUUGCAGUCUUCAAUUUGAGAAAGGUGAGAAGUGCUGUUUUAAAUAAAUGAGAUUCAUACCACUG